AUGGUCGCUUUACAAGCGGGCCUCAUUUCUUCGCUCUUUGCUUUCCAGGUCGCAGCUGACCAGAUACCACUUGGGUCGGCAGUCCGCAACAAAUGGACUCUAGACGCAAUCAAGCCUCUUACUGAUCCCGAGUCUGGCCGGGUCAAGUGUUGCCCAGAAGGGACCUUGUUUGACGGCAACUCCUGCGUCCUCGGGGUCCCCGGAUGCCCGGACGGAACAAAACUCAGAGGCAGCCAGUGCAUCUCCAUUACUGGCCCUAUCUGCCGGGAUGGCGAGACCUUCAACGGACUUGUCUGCAUCACGACCACUCCACCAUCGUGCCCUUCUCCGUCGAUUCUCAAAGACAAGACGUGUGUUUUGGAAGUUCCUCCAAAAUGCCCUUCUGGCACACAGCUGGUCGAUAAAAUCUGUAUCUCGACCAAGACUCCCAUCUGCGGUAACGGCGACCGCUUCAACGGCAAGGGCUGCGUGAGUUCCAGUCCACCGGCAUGUCCUGAGGGUACAACCCUGUCCGAUGGAGUGUGCGUCAAUACUCAGCCACCCAGUUGUCCUUCGGGCAGCGAGUACGACGAAGUCAACAACGUUUGCAACCAUCGUCAACCUCCUCAAUGUCCGGCGGGUACCUUUUCCAAGGGAGGCGACUGCAUCACAGAUGGCGGCCCCGAGUGUCCACCUGGAACGAAGUUUAGCGUCAAGAGAAACACCUGCACCAUGAAGACGGCGCCGUCCUGCCCCCCCGGUGAUAUCCUGGAAGAUACUAAAUGUGUGUCCCCGGAUGAGCCCAUCUGCCAACCCGGGACCGAAAUGUCUGCCGACAAGGCUUCUGGCACUUCGCGAUGCUGUCCUCUUCCUCUGAAGUGGGAUGGAGAAGUGUGUUCGUACAAAGUACCCCCCGAAGGAUGUCCAGAGGGAACGACAGAGGUCGGCGAUCGCUGCAGGGCCAUCACAGUCGUCCCCCCGGCAUGUCCACCAGGGACCAAGCUGGACUGCGACCGAUGCAUUUCCAUCACACCGCCAGGAUGCCCUCCAGGCUCGGCUCGCGACGGAACCACUUGUGUGUCCGUAGAGCCGCCUAUCUGCCCCGGCGGCACAACACUGACAAACGGAAACUGUGUCCACAAAGGCGAAGCCGUCUGCCCUACGGGCACUCAUAUCCAGGGUGACGAGUGUAUCAGCAUCGAUCCCCCCUCGUGCCCCUCCGAUACCAAGUUCAACGGAAGAGACUGUGUCAUCAGCGGCCGACCGCAGUGCGAGGAUGGCACCCACUUCGAUGGCGAGGACUGCACUAGAGUGGGAGGCGACCCUCCAAGCUGUCCGGAGGACACCAUCUAUGACGGUUCACGCUGCGUAUCGAGCACCCCGCCCUCAUGUCCCAAUGGAUCGUCUCUCAGUGACGGAGCAUGUGUCACCGGACAAACCCCAGUCUGCCCCGAGUAUUCGACGCUCGUCGGCGGCGAGUGUAUCAGGGGCCCGCCGACCUGUCCGAAGGGCUUGAUUCUCAAGGGCAAUACCUGCCUCAGUAUCGAUCCGCCAGACUGCCCUCCCGAUCAUCAGUGGCUCGGCGGCCGAUGCCAGAACGUUGAGGACGCGGCCUGCCCUCCUGGUUACAUCCUGCGCGGGGAGGAGUGCAUCUCCGACGAGAUUCCAGAGUGCGAGCAGGGCACUCACUUCAACGGAACCGUCUGCGUCGGUGACACCCCGGUCUGUGAGCCCGGUACCGAAUUCGACGGAAAUCAGUGCGCGUCCGUCGUGGAGCCCAGCUGCCCUCCGGGCACAACGUUCAACGGCAGGAUCUGCGUGUCAGAGCUCGACCCAGUCUGUCCUUCCAACACCACUUGGGAUGCGGCAUCCAAGGAGUGUGUGGGCGAGACGCUGCCUCAAUGUCCCGAAGGCCAGCGGUUCAACGGAGAACAUUGCACUUUGUCGUCAGGGGACUGCAUGGAGUUCGAGUACUGUCCUCCGGGAAACACUCGAGGUUAUCUCACCCCGGAUUGUGGCAGCUCCUAUCCCAAAUGCCAGUAG